AUGGGCCAUCCAUACAAUCCACUUAUCAGCCUUCCCGUUCCCAAACCCCCUCCUACAGCCAUACAAUCCACCUAUCAGCCUUCCCCCCAACCCCCUCCUACAGCCAUACAAUCCACCUAUCAGCCUUCCUCCCAACCCCCUCCUACAGCCAUACAAUCCUACUAUCAGCCUUCCCCCCUAACCCCCUCCUACAGCCAUACAAUUCACCUCUCAGCCUCCCCCCAACCCCCUCCUACAGCCAUACAAUCCACCUAUCAGCCUUCCCCCCUAGCCCCCUCCUACAGCCAUACAAUCCACCUAUCAGCCUUCCCCCCGAACCCCUCCUUCAGCCAUAUAACCCGCCUAUCAGCCUUCCCCCUCAACCCCCUCCUACAGCCAUACAAUCCACCAAUCAGCCUUCCCCCAACCCCCUCUUACAGCCACAUAAUCCAUCUAUCAGCCUUCCCCCCAACCCCCUCCUACAGCCAUACAAUCCACCUAUCAGCCUUCCCCCCAACCCCCCUCCUUCAGCCACACAAUCCACCUAUCAGCCUUCCCUCCAACCCCCUCCUACAGCCAUACAAUCCACCUAUCAGCCUUUCCCCCAACCCCCUUCUACAGCCAUACAAUCCACCUAUCAGCCUUCCCCCCAACCCCCCUCCUACAGCCACACAAUCCACCUAUCAGCCUUCCCCCAACCCCCUUCUACAGCCAUGCAAUCCACCUAUCAGCCUUCCCCCCUAA